GAAAUCGUAUGUAAGUGAAAGGAAAAUGUGCAGUUUGAUGUUUAAUUAAUGAUUAUGAUGGAACUUUACUUAUAAUAUAGAAAGAUGCUUAAAGACAAAACACUUUUAUGGCAUAGUAACAGUAUUAUGAAAUCAAGAGGCAAAUCAAAUGAAAACAAUUUCUUGCACGAUAUCAAGGACUGUAGUGAUAGCUGAUCUAUUUUGAAACCUUCUGCCGAGAUUUUUUUUUUUUUCAAUUUCCCAUUUUUUAAAGAAACCAGGUUUACUCAAAUACUAAAGAAAUAUCUGAUAAGAAAAAAGAACGUGUGUGUGAGCUAAGGAAAACAGUGAGCAUUGCCAUGGUUACCGCGUCACGUGACGACGCCGCGGUGGCGAGCGUUCCCACGUCGAGCAAAACAGACAGGAGUGGCGCAGGAGCAACGCUCUGAACCUUCCUUGCGCACAGGCAGGUGGUGGCUCUCAGCGGGGAACCGGCAAGGUUUGAGCUCGGGCUGAGAAAGACGAAAGGGUGUUAGCAUCAUAAUGUGCAACAAUGGCUUCUGACAACUUGUUCCCGAAAUCUAAGAGCUGGGUGUGGAAUGAGCACCGCGGGGAGCUGGUCAAGAUAAGACAAGAUGGACGCCCUGCCAGUCCCUCAGCCUCGUCUUCCACUUCCCGCCGCCUCUCCCCGCAGCCUGGCCAGAAGCAUCCCAGCAGGGAGGCGGCGGCGUCGAAGCGGGUGGUGGAGGCGCAGUAUGGGCGGCUGGAUCUCGUCGAGUGGGAGUGUGACGCGGAGUCCCCCGUCACCUUCCAGGACUGCGUCAAGGUCGCCCUCCACUUGCAGGCGCUGGAAACACCGAUCUCCAAGCUGUUCCUCGAGGUGGUCAGGCUGGAGAAGGUACAGAAGCUUCUCCGAGGUCUGGUGGAGUACUUUGCGGAGCUGUUCGUGCAGGCGGACUUAGUGCAGGCCAUCGUGCCCCCAGCCGUGGCCAACCAGCGUCUCUUGCAGCAACGGUGGGAGCGGCACCUCACCCAAGUGCUGCACCCCCUCUCCGCCACCUACGUGCAGCUCAUCCUCGGCCACGGACUCAACCACCUGCACCACAUGAAGCGUGGCCGCAGCCUGAAGAGCCUCGGGGUGCGGGACAACCAGAUCUUCGAGCGGCUAUACGAGCUGGCCGAGCUGCUGGUGUGGGUCACCUUCCGGCGCAGGGACAGACCAGUCAUCCACGCCGAGGUCACCAGGCUCUUCCGCGGCGCCCACCACAACCACCAGCAGCAGCAGCACCAGCAGGGCGACGAUGUGGCUAACGACCCCUCCUUCGCUGCCCCCGCCGCCCCCAUCACCAGGAGAAGGACCAAGAGGGGCCCGCCGCUGUCAGGUCAGUGGAGGGACACAACACAUGGUGGGAGUUUGACUGCUGGUAACUUGUAUGACCUUUCUUGAUCUCAGUUCUCCUCCAGUUUCAGUCUUGUGUCUUUCUUUGAGGGAAAAAUGUUGGUGUCAUUAACAUGUAUCCACUCUUCUUGAUCACAGUUUUCUUUCGACCUUAGUCUUGUGGCCUUUUCUGAGAGGAAAUUUGAUGUCAGUAACUUGUACCCACCUUUCUUGCUCACAGCUCUCCUUCCAUCCAUGCCAGUCUUAGUCAUUGCACAAUACCUCGUUUUUGUGCCCUUUUUUUAGGUGAAAUUUGGACCUCAGUAACUUGUAUCCACCUUUCUUGGUCCCGGCACUCUUCCCUUAGUCUUCACGCCGUACCUUGUUUAUGUGUCUUUUUGAAGUGAAAAUUUGGAUGUCAGUAACUUGAAUCCAUCUUUCGUGGCCUCAGUUCACUUAAUCUUAGUCUUGACGCUAUGUGCUUCGUUUUUCGUGGACUGAGGAGAGGAGACUUGUCGUUUUUUCUCUCGCCUUUUCCCUACGAGUCUCCUUCAGUUGUUUCUGUCCAUUGCAUCGUCCUCUGUGACUCCCAGCCUUUGCAGUUUCAUCCCUCCCAGUUUAAAUCGCAGUUCCACCCCUCCAUCUCACUUCGUCUUCCCCUCGAUCUCCUUCCCUCAACUAGUUUUUUUUUAAGCCAUUGAAGACAAAAUAUCCUGAGGUGUCUGACAAACUCUCCGUAACUCACUGCGACGGCAACACCUCACGGGCGCCGCUACGAGAAUCCGCGCUCGUCUACAGCUUACGAAACGCUCCCUAUUGAUAAAACCUGAUGGAAAUUGUGGGAAAUAUAUGUUCGCAAUCUUAUUUUCUCUUCCCCUCGUAAUGGAAAGCCCUCUGAAAAUUCCCUUAUACCUUCCCCUGUACCAGUCCAUCCCUCUCCUGUUCCUGUCACCCCCUGUACCAGUCCCGACUCCCUCUAUCCCUCUCUCCAAUCCCUUCCCUCCUCCUCCUUCUAUCCCAUUGCCUCGGCCUAGCGCGCGAGACAAGUGUGCAGCGUGACGGGCAUAAGCGAACGCGGGAAAGGAGCGAGCAGCUGUAAACAUAAGAUGAGUAGAUUUAAUAUUCUACUGGAGAACGUGACAGAGGGAGGAAAGCUUGUGUGUGUCUGUGUGUGUGUGUGUGUGUGUGUCAGGGGAGCAGCGCGUGUCAAUCAGUGGGGAUUGGACUUGUACGUGGAAUUAAUUGAUGAAGCGCAAUUAUGGAGUUAAUCACCUAAUUAUUGUCAGUUAGGUGUGAUUAAAACUUUUGUGAAAUACAUUUUUAGAGUUGUAUGUGUGUAUAUCUUCAAUAAUGGGAGAGAGAGAGAGAGAGAGAGAGAGAGAGAGAGAGAGAGAGAGAGAGAGAGAGAGAGAGAGAGAGAGAGAGAGAGAGAGAGAGAGAGACUCCCCCUUCCUUAUUUCCACCUCUUUUAAGUAAUCAUUCCAUAACCAAAACAAACGAGCCAAUGAAUAAAUACAACGUUCUUAAUUUAGCGUGAAUAGUGCUUAGUCCAGGUGAGGGAAGGCAGGAGGGAAGAUAUUACACUCUAUUUGACAUUACGUGAGCUGCCUCAGUGCCUCACCUCCCCAGUCCCUCUCCCUCAGUCCCUCUCUUUUCUCUCUCUCUCUCUAGCUCUCUCUCUCUCUCCCGUCUGAAAAGGUGCCUCUCUCUAUAUCUUGGCUGUUUCGCUUCCUUUCAUCGAGCGAUUUUCAUAUAUAGAUGCAGUGUUCAGGAUUCUGUACGUCUGUCUGUCUGUUUCUCUCUCCUGUCUAUAUCCUUCUCCCAUUCCGUCAGUCCGUCACUUUAAGCUAGGAUUGGUAUGCUUCUGUCUAUCCUUUUGUCAGUCCGUCGGUUAGUAGCAGAAUUCUCUCUUCCUCGUCUCUUUUCUUCAGCCAGUCUCUCUGUUCAUUCCUCUUUCUCUAUGUUUUUCCGUCCUUCCGUACAUCCAGUCGUUAGUCAGUCAGCCAAUCAGUUAUCAGUUAUUAUUAGUGUCUGUCAGUAUUCUCUGUCUCAUCUCUAUAAUUUUGUUUGUCUCUCUUUGUUCCCCCUCCCUUUCUCAGUCAAUCAGUCCCUCCCUGGAACUCAACUUCAAAGCUUGGACACCCUCGUCUCUGCAUCUCAAUCACUCCCACCCACGUCACUGCUACCCAUACACGUCACCAGCUCACAUCCUCAACGAUACACACACACACACACACAGUCACUCACCUUACACGUCAUAUUCUAUUUGCAGCUUCCACAGUCAGUCCUAAAGAAUAACAAUAUAUUUUUACCAAUUUUUUCUCCGGUCAUUCCUUUCCUCUUUUCCUUUCUCUGGCCUCCCCUGCCCGCCACCCCACCCACCGCUUAAGAGUAGCUCCGUGUACUGCCUUCCCUUUGAUCUCCCUUCUUCACGUUGCAAGAUGAGCUUACUGAUUCUCAACAGCUCGCCCCUCACAGCCCUGCAACGUCAACGGAGAUGGUAUUAAGAAAUUAGGUUGAGAUUUACUGUAUACCCCUCUCACUUUGAUAUACAGUGAUUUUAAACAGUAAAAGCACUGUGUACGUUCUUUACGAAAACUUAGGAAUAUGAAAAAAGAAGAAACGAGGGAUUUAAAGAACUGUUUUUUUUUUUUUCACUGCCCAGUCAGUAUAACGAAGGAUAAUUUGUCUGGAUGCUUUGCGAUGUGAUGUGUCAGGUAGCAGUACAUUCAUGAUGAAAGGGAGUAGGAGGAAGGUUUUAGGGAAAGAUGAGGUCAGUGUAAGGUGUGCCAUUAGGAAGGAUGUGGAAAUAGUAGGGUAAAUAGAAUAGCUGAAGAUAAGAGGAUGGAAAUGAAGAAAAUGAAACCAACAAAUAAGAGAGAGAGAGAGAGAGAGAGAGAGAGAGAGAGAGAGAGAGAGAGAGAGAGAGAGAGAGAGAGAGAGAGAGAGAGAGAGAGAGAGAGAGA